CGUAUUUUGAUCGACCCGCCGCUCUCAGGGGGCCUAUGUCCAAGACCAAAGGGCAGGGUGAUGCAAAGAUGACUCCAAGGGGCAAGCAUAUCUCCAACGUUGACGACGCGUACGAGGCCCUCAAAAGCGGCGGUAACCGCGACCUCGUCGGCGAGUCACUCGCCGAGAUGCAGCGGAGGUCGGCAGACGACAUGGGCCGUGCAAAGGUGCUGCUUGACAUGGUCGACAGGUCGAGGGGGCGCCCGGGCGGCCCACUGGAGCGCGCCACCAAGGCGAAGGAGCAGCCCAGAAAGUACUCCGAGAGGCAGAUUGCGGAGUGGCGCGCGCGCGUCGAAGCGCUCUGCUGCCCGGCGCCCGGCUUCGUCAUGAAGUGCAGCUUGACGGGGACGCUGCCGUGGCUCGGCAAACUCAAGGAGGAAUCGGACAUCCCCCCGAGGGGGGGGGGGGUCACCCGCACCCACGCCUUUUUUACCGAGGCGGGAGGCGGGGAAGGCCCCCUCGACGACGAGGAAUGGUACGACAUGGACCCCGACCGCGGCCACACGCUCCGGCGCAACGCGCGCGCGCAAGGAGUUGUUCUGCCCGAGGGGCACCGGGGCAAGCGCCAGGCGCCCUCCGAGGGGGGCAGCUUUAAGCUCGACUUCGAGAAGGCCCCGCGCACCGCCGCUCGCCCCGCACACGACGUGCACCGCGUCAGCGCAGCGGAGGAGGAGGAGGAGGAGUUUGGAGACCUGCCCGCCAUGGACCCCGCCCUCAAGGCGGAGGUGGUCGUGUGGCUAGCGGAGCGCGAGGAGGCGCGGCAGCCGGACGGCACGCUGCAGCGCCGCUCCUCGCACGCGGGCUUGGCGCACGAGCUCGAGGGGGCGGAGUUUGAGCCGAGGAUGGGCGAGACUCUCAAGGCGCGCGGCGACAUGCUCAAGUGGCUGAUGGAGAGGGAGGGGGUCGUGCCACCCGACUCGGAGCGGGACUCGUACGCCGCGCUGGAGGCGAGCAGACACUUCGCGGAGAUCCACGCGAAGACGGGCGGCUUUCAGCUCGACCUCGACAAGGGGAAGAGCCUCCAGAAGGGGACAAUGGGCUCCAUCAACACCGAGGACGCCCCCCCCCCCCCCCCGAAUCGGGCCACCACUUCGAUUUUUUUUGCAGAACGCGCCUGUGCGGCCGCCCGCGCCGCCGUGUACGGCAAGGGGCCGCACGCCAAGGACCAGGACCCGCCCGAGAGCAACCCCGCGAGCGCACGCGACAGCUCCUACUCUGCCGACGACGGCGGAGGCGUCAACGCGGUCGGCGAGGUGCCCGUCCCGCCGCUAGAACGACACGUUCUUUUGCAGCUUGCCCCCUUCCCUCCCCCCCCUCCCACAGGCUAGGGACAGCCCCCACCCGUACACACAGGAGAGAGAGGGGAGUGCGCCUCGACACCCUACUCGCCCUCUAAAUACACAUAUUGCAGGGUGUAGCGUGCGCCCCCCGAGAAUGGCGACACACAGCGCAGACAUAGCGGGGGGCACUGCGCGCUCGUCCAGAGAGCCGCUUGGGUUUAGAAGGGUCGCUCCGGUCCUUGGGAGGAGUACAGUAGGCAACCUCUUGCUUCCAAGAUCGGACCCCUCUCCACGCCCAAGCGACUAGCGACACAGGACGACCUCCGGGCUGCUGCCUGCUGUGCUACUUCUAGGCGCCCGUCGUCGCGACGCUCCGCCGACGCGAGCGCGUCAAGAGCGCCAAGGAGGCCAAGGAGCCGCCCGCCGCCGCCCUGCCCCUC